AUGAAAAUCAAGAACAAGAAUUGUCAAAACUAUAUGACAGUUAAAAGGCGAUUAUUUGAUCUUUCAUGUACCUUUACCCUUUCAAAUCUUGGAAUGUUUGGUGUGGAUCGCUUUGAUGCCAUUUUACCGCCAGGAACUCAUGAGAUGGUAAUGGUACCAUCCUUGUACCGUACCUUUACCCUUUCAAAUCUUGGAAUGUUUGGUGUGGAUCGCUUUGAUGCCAUUUUACCGCCAGGAACUGUAAGGUGCAAUCAUGGCUGUUGUAGUAUCUUAGCCCUCUGUAGUUGCUACAAAGGACGGUCGGAUUGGCAUGAGAAGUCAGAUGCAGGUACCUUUACCCUUUCAAAUCUUGGAAUGUUUGGUGUGGAUCGCUUUGAUGCCAUUUUACCGCCAGGAACUGGUGCAAUCAUGGCUGUUGUAGUAUCUUAG